UGGAAGUCCCAGUGCCUCCCUGUUUUCUCUUGCGCUCGAGGAAGAAGGGCCGUGUCAAGCUGUGCCCCCUUGGCUUCACAUCCUUGAGUGUUUGGCUGUCCUAGCUCACCUCUGGCCUACACCAAACACGAUGGGCCACGAAAUACAGGACAAUUUCUCUCAAAUCCCCAAGCCAAUGUUCAACUACCCAUGGCUGGAAUAUCGAAACAGGAACAAAAAAUACAGAAGAGCCAUGGCUCCCAUUCACCUGCCUUUGUCCUGUUACAAGAUGCCAAAGGAAGCAUUCCCCCCAAGUCCAGAGCGCUGGAGGGUGCAUCCAAGCAGGCCAAACUCAACUCCUUGCUUCCGUGAUAAGAACCCUGAUAUCUUCAUACACUGGCGCACCCUGUUUGAUCAACGCAAGGAACGAGAGUCAAAGAAUUUGUUUUGGAAAAGGAGGAAGCUCCCAAGGUACUUCAAAGACAGUGCCCAAAUAAAAAACCUUCGUGUCUCUAUCACCAAGCUGACUUUACAGCCUAAGUUGGUGACAGGACCGUUAGAUCCCACCAAGGACCACCUGAAGUGGCAAAGACUAAAGGAGCUCACAAACAGCCUGAAAUCUCCAAGAGAGGAUGAACAGCGCUAUGCAGCCUAUGCUUUAGGGACCCUGGGCAUCAAUAACAAGUUUGUCUUAGAAGCACUGUGGCAGGUGGCCCGAACUGGUUCAGCAAAAGUGAAGGAUGAGGCCUAUAGAGCCCUGGCCAUCCUAGGUUGCUUGGACAAGGCUGUGAUCCACGCUUUCAUCAAACAGCUGACAGGACAAAAUGAGAGUAAAAAAAGAGAGGCCCUGGUGGGGCUACGAGUCGCUCUGAACUCCUGGGCUGCUGUGCCUAAUAGCAAGAGGCCUGAAAUUGGAAAUGAGGAAAAGCUGGUGCCUGUGCUGCAGAAGCUGAUAGACAAGUCAUGGAAUGAAGUGUCCUUGGAGGCAGCCCUGUGCUUGGGUUUCCUGAGGCCCGGUAACAGCAUGGUCCGAGAGUUCUUGCUGCUAUGUCUGGGCCAAGGGCCCAUGCCUCAGAGGAUGAAGGCACUCAGGAUGCUGGUCAAGAUGAUGAAUGUUCACUCAGCUGCGGUCACCAGGGCCAUUCUGCAACAACUACACUCUGACGUCCUUGACGACCGCUUUGAAGCUACCCAGAUGCUCAAGACCAUUGGGCUGGAAAAGAUCCAGGCACAGGGGCUGGAGGAACUCACAUUUGACCUGCUCAAGAGGAAGAUACACAACGAACCUUUCCUAGCAAUGAGGCAGGCUGUGUCGGAAACAGCAGAAGUUCUCAAGAUGAAGCCUUUAAUAAUGAAACUGAUGGAGGCGCAACUGAUGAGCCCAGAUGCCAGUGACCGCCAGGAAGCAAUCAUCUCUUUGGGUGCCCUGGGGAUCCGUAAUCAGCAGGUGUUCCACUUGCUGCUGGACAUGCUAGAUGCAGAAGAGACCCAGGCUGUGAAGAAGAGUAUACAAGAAACACUACUUGUUUGGGCCUCAAGCCACCCCUGGAUCCAAAAUAAGCUGCAGAAUAAAGUUUUCUUUGUGUAUGACAUACCGAAGGCCUCAAAGGUAGAGCCUACAAGGUUCCGCUGGAAGGAGCCUGAGAGCCUAGAUGACUUAUGUAUCAAAGACUUUCGGAGUGCUAAGCUGAGCCCCUUGUUCAUCGCAAAGACGUGCAACAAGCUAGGCAAAAAGGAAGAGGCGCCUGCUUUUUCAUUCUAUUUCUCCAAACCAAGAAAGCAAAGGCCAGAAGCCACAGGCCCUUGGGAGCCAAAAAUCAGGGAACAACUCCGGAACAUGGUGAGGCCUCAAAAUAAGUUUGUUUUUUGGGCCUAAUUCCUAUUGUCUCCUUCAGGAUGGUUUCCUGAUAACUCUUGUUUUCUCUUCCAUGAAUAAAUACUUGUUGCUUUACCUA